AAUGGCGUCUCCGAGAAGGCGAGUCCACAGAGCAAACAGACGGUGCUUCGCUUCAGACGAGCGUCUUCUUAGUGGAGCCGAACGCUGACACAAAAGUAAAAAGACACCGAAGAAAAGGAAAAGAGUGAAUUGUCCGCUGACUUUAUUUUGGAGUUACCUCGGGCGGAUGAACUUGACGGUCAACUUGAAGUGUUUUGUUGUGCUGCGUGGAACUUUACCUGUGCCGGUGCGCCCAUGGAGAAGCUCUUGUUGUUGACAUCAUGGUUGUUUAUGUUGACCUCCUUGAACGGUCAACCUGAGGGAGUUCUCAACUGCUGCGAGGGCGACGUCCUUUUCCUCCUGGAUUCUUCCGGCAGCGUGUCGUCCUACGAGCACUCCCGCAUGCUGGACUUCCUGUCCCAGCUGGUGCUGCCCUUUUCCCUGGGCGAGGACCAGGUGAGGAUCGGGCUUCUCCAGGUGGGCACCCAGCCGCGCCUGGAGUUCGGCUUUGACGCCUUUAGCGCCCAAGGCAGCCUCCAGGGGGCGCUGAGGGGCGUCAAACCCCUCAGGGGGGACACCAACACUGUGGAGGCGCUGAGGAUCGCCAAAGAUCGGGUGCUGAGGCAGGGACCCGGGGGCGGAGCGCGGCCUGGGCUCCCCAGGGUGCUGGUGUGGCUGACGGACGGGGUGAAGCCGGGCGACGUGAUCGGACCCAUGGCCGAGCUGAGGCAAGAGGGCGUGACCGUGUUGGUGGUCUCCACUGGCCACGGUAACUACCAGGUGCUGAGAGAGGUGGUGUCGCCCCCCGCCGAGGACCACCUGUACUUUGUGGACAUCGAGGACAUGAGCAUUAUCUUGGAGGAUCUGCGGGACAUCAUCGUUGAGAUCAUCCGUGCUGAGCGCAUCCAGGUCCGGGACGUCUCCUCCAACGCUGCCACCCUCCAGUGGCGACCCGUUCUCUCCGGUUUGCCGGGCCACUACGAGAUCCGCUUCGGCCCGCAUCCGACAGGCGGGACGGGAGGCUUGGGAGGCGGGCCCGGGACCAGUCCGAGCACGGGCGGAGGUCGGUACCAGAGACUGGUGCAGUCGUCGGAUUCCGACACCGUCCGGCUGACCGACCUGAAGGCCGACACCACGUACACGGCCACCAUGACACCGGAGUCCAACCGACAGUCUUUCAACACGCUGUCUGUCACCUUCACCACUCACGCAGGUCGGCUCCUUCACUCCUUCAGACUCAAAGAUUAUCUUCCCCUUCCAACUACCUUUGGUCUCCCACCAGAGGUGCAGAGUCCAGCCGUGGUCAGGGUCUCCGAGCCGGGGCCGACGAGCGUCCGGGUGAGUUGGGGUCCUCUUCAGCCGGAGGUGGUCACCAGUUACUCGGUUGAGUACUCCGCCCUGCCCGCUGGGAAGCUGCAGACCAUGACGGUGGACAAGCGGCAGAACUCCACGCUGCUGAAGAACCUGCAGCCAGACAGCACCUACCUGGUCACUGUGGGCGCCCGCCUGGCCUCGGGCCAGGAGAGGGCCAUGUCGGUCAAAGUCUGCACCAAGGAAGCGACCCCCGCCCUGUCUGACCUGCAGUUGACCGCAGCGGACGGUGGCGCGGUGCGGGCGGACUGGAAAGGCGGCGCCGACGGUCUCAAGGGUUACUGGCUCACGUGGGAGGGGCGGCAAGCCGGCACCGCCCGGCGCUCCUCCACCUACCUGCCACCGAGUUCCCUGUCUACGCGGCUCGACGACCUCCCCCCUUCGGCCAGGGUGUGCGUGUCGCCCGUGUACGGGAGGGCGCGGGGCGAGGGUCUGUGCUGCACGGCGCCAUUUGCCUCAGAGGGGCCGGCCUAUGGCUCCCGGUCCUAGCGUGCAGCUACCCAACAUGGAGGCGAGAGAGAAGAACCUUUCAUCCAUGACGCCCCCAAGAAGGACGCGUCGCUUGGCCCGUCCUGGGCUUUUGCUUUGAAAGGAGCGCUGCGGGACAACAUGUCGUCCACCAAAACGAGGACAAGAAGAGACUAUUUGGCUUGUGAUGACCAAACAGGCCAAACAAAUAUGACAAAUAUGUCUUUAAUAUUUAUUAUUAUCCUUUUUUUGUGUGUUCAUUUUAAUGCUGUUACUAAGUCAGGCUCUGCUGCCCCCUACUGGCAGCAGCCACAAACCUCAUGUCAAUGCAAAAAAAGUAUUUUGUUUGUUGACCUCUGAUUUCUAACAGCAGCUUGCAAUAAACAUAUUUUGUGUAA